AUGGUCAGGAACGCCGGCACAACUAACUACUCCAUGGCCGACAUCGACCGAAUGCUCUGCCUCGUUGAGAAGGUGCUCCCCUUGGGUAAGGACGAGUGGGAGCGCCUCGCUGCGUCAUUCAACGCAAGCAAACCCCGUGGAGCACCCGAACGCGAAUUUGAGAGCUUACGUCGCAAGUUCAAGCAGCUCUACAGCACCCGUAAGCCCACCGGAGUGGCUACGAUGCCUCCGCACAUCCAGAGGGCCAAGGAGGCCAAGCAGGCCAUUGACGACAAGGCCAACGUCGUGGAGCUCGACGACGAUGCGGACGAGGACCAACCCAUUGCGCCGGACUUCAGCUUCGAACCGGAGCCUGACCACACCUUCUACGAGCCUGAUGACGCGGAGUUCGUUCAUGCCGCUGCUGAGAGAAGCGGUGCUGGCUCAGUCCACAGUGAGGCGACCGGUACGGACAUGUCGGUCGACGGAGGGGCCGCAGAACCGAUCCGUGGUGCGUUUCAGGACUUGUUGUCUUCGCCACUGGUGUCAGAAGGACUCGAUGCCGGUGGUGUAACACCUCGCCCUGCUCCACCACGUGCAGCAUCAACUACACGGCGCACUGGAUCGGGUUCCCGCGCGACGGCCAGCGAAAUAGACACUUCAGCGAACGCGCAGCGACGCUUGGACCGCCGCCACGACGACAGAAGCAGGGACGCAGUCGAAUCCGCAAAGUAUCCGGAGCUCAGCAGUCGCUCGAAUCGCCUAGGAGGGGGGGACUUAUCCGCUUUUCGCGACUCCACAGGUGCGAAACGCGCACUCGAAGAAGACAAGGAUACCCAAGAGGCCAGCUUCGCUAAGGCCAAACGUGUUCGCGCCAUGAAGGCGACGACGGCGCUCAAGUCGCAGCUCGACGGUCUGGAAAACGCUGCGAACAACACCCGUGGCAGUAUCCUGGAGACAAUACUUCUACUUCGCGAAGAAAACGAGCGCAAAGCUGAAGCUCGCCGCGAAGAGGAAGAGCAGCGACGCCGAAAUGAUCUGGCGGCCAUGGAAAACCGCCGUCUGGCCGAGAGAGCCGAAGCCGAGGAACGCCGCCGCACUGAGAAACAGGAGAUGGAAGAACGCGCGAGCCGUGACCGAGAGGAAGCACGCGCUCGCACCCAAGAGCUGCUGAUGCUGAUCGGAGCCCUAACGAAGAAGUCUUAG